AUGGCUAAUAGUGACAGCGUGCAUCGUCUCCCGCGUACAGUGCGCCCGACUCAUUACGAUCUGACCGUCCAGACCGACCUACAACACGAACGUUUCUACGGUCGCGUGUCCAUACAUCUAAACGUGAUAGAGCCCACGAACACCAUAGAACUGCACGCCGCCUCGACACUUGUACUGGUUUCACCUCCCGUGUUCAAGAUCACAUCGACUGCCUCAUCGUCCACCUUCACUCCCUAUCUGAUUCGACGUACAUCUGAGACGCAGCGCCUAGAAUGCGUCUUUGCGGAAACAUUCGAGAAGGGCACAACUGGCGUCCUUGAGAUCGGGUUUGAAGCGGAUCUUGCCAGUAAUCUGCUCGGGUACUACAAGUGUACCUGGUCUGGAGGCGUAUAUGCAGCUACUCAGUUUGAGCCGGUGGAGGCUCGCUCUGCAUUCCCGUGUUUCGACGAACCAGCGCUCAAAGCGACGUACACCUACACGAGCAUCACUCGGCAAGGCAUCGUGUCCUUAGCGAACAUGCCAGCCGAACACGUCUCUUCCACUUCGAAGGAUGAUCUCCUCAUGACUGGAGAAGACACGACACAGUGGGUGAAGACCGUUUUCCAAACGACACCUCCGAUGUCUACCUACAUCGUCGCAUACGCGAACGGUCCUUUCCAGUUCAUCGAGGGCUCAUACACUAGCCCCAUCUCGAAGGAGGAGAAGCCCGUUCGAGUCUGGACAACGGCCGAUCUGAUUGGCAACGCACGCUACACCCUGGACGUAGCGAGUCGGGCCCUACCUGCAUAUGAAGCCUUGUUCGAGCUCGAGAUGCCCUUGCCGAAGAUGGACAUCUUGGCUAUCAGCGAGAGCGACGUAGGCGCGAUGGAGAACUGGGGCCUGAUCAUCUCAUACGCUGGUCAUGCACUAGCAGCGCCAGGAGAUACGAGUGCGGAGCGCGAGUCAGGCGGAAGUAUCUCUCAUGAACUAGCUCACCAAUGGUUCGGGAAUGCGACGACCAUGGCGUGGUGGGACUCGCUCUUCCUCAACGAAGGAUUUGCAGCAUGGAUAGGUGAGGUCGUCGUCCUUGAUACCCUCUUCCCAGAAUGGGGCGUUGAGGCGGACUUCAUCCACGGCCAUCUGAACGAAGCCCUGCGCGUCGACGCGCAGCGCUCGAGCCAUCCUGUACUAGUUCCUAUUGAGAAGGAAAGCAAGAUAAUGGAUGCGUUCGAUAACCUCUCGUAUGGCAAAGCCGCAUCUAUCCUUCGGAUGCUGGCAACCCACUUAGGCCAGAAAGCCUUCUUGCGAGGUGUCGCGCUAUAUCUGAAACGACACGAGUACGCGAACGCAGAGCCUGCAGAGCUUUGGGCGGCAAUCGGUGAAAGCUGCGGUGUUGACGUUACGGGGAUGGUCAAAGAAUGGAUUGAACUGAAGGGCUUCCCGGUCGUGAGCGUGACACCCACAGCCACUGGCAUCGAUGUCCGCCAAGACCGAUUCUUGUCAGAUUGCCGGCCUGACGAUGAGGAGAACAGUACCAUUUGGACUAUCCCGCUAGCUGUUCUACAUCUCGAUACGUCUGCAGAGAUCGUUGAUCACCGGCACGUCCUCAACACCCACUCCACAUACAUCGAUCUCCCUUCGCCCUCAAUCGUCAAGCUAAACGCAAGCACCUCAGGCUUCUUCCGCGUGUACUACACCCCAGCACACCUGCGUUCCCUUCUGACCUUCGCAACCGACCUGAACACCGCAGAUGCACUCGGCCUCAUUCACGACACCGGCGCGCUAGCCGCAGCAGGUCUUUACGAUAUCGGCCAGGUGAUGGACGUGUUCAACGCGUUCAGCGGAAGUUUCCAGUAUGCAGUACAGCGUAGUCUAGCUGCCGAGCUCGAUCUCAUCGAGCGGACGUGGUGGGAAGAUGACGCGAUCAUGUCUGGGCUCAACACCUUGAAAGCCAAGCAGUUCGGGGGGAUCCUCGACAUUAUCGGUUACGAAUAUGAUCCUGCCGAUGGAUACGCGGUUACGCAAUUGCGCACACUGGCGCUUUCACACGCUGCGAGAGCAGGCGAACCUCGCGUUCUUCAGUUACUGCAGAAGUGGUUCGAGGCUUUCAUGCGCGACCACGAAGGAUCUGGUUUGAAUGCAAGUGCUGUGGCUGUGGCGUUCUACAGCGCCGUCAGACACGGCGCGCAAGAGUCCUACGACAAGGUCUUCAAGGUGUACCAAGACAAUACCGACCCAGCUCAUCAUAGUGCGGCAGUGACAGCUCUUGCUGCAACUCAACAUACCACCCUCAGCGACCGCACCAUCAACGAAGCCAUCCUACAUGCGCGUGCGCCCGAUGUACCGACGUUCCUCCUUGCCAUGGCAAAGAACCCUCGCGCAUCCAGGAAAGCUUGCGAACAAGUGAUGCUACACUGGGAUGAGCUGGAUGCAAAAUUCGGGAAGACGUUCAGCAAAGAUCGUAUAGUACUGAGCGUCUUCUCGAGGCUCUCGAGCAAGGAAGACAUCGAGCGCGUCAGGGCCUUUUUUGAGACGAAGAACACCUCGCAUAUCGAUUCAGCUCUGAGCCGGGUGUACGAGGAAGCGUACACACGUGCGGCUUGGUCUUCGCGAUCGACGGCGGAGCUAAGUGAAUGGUUUGAACACGUCCAUGAAGAGAAAGGCUCGGGGAAGGGCUGUGUCGUCCUUUGA